CGCCGCGCAUGCGGGGCUCACCGGGCUGCAGCCGGCGCCGCUGCCACUCCCGGGAGCAUGAAGGACCGAACCCAGGAGCUCCGCACGGCCAAGGACAGCGACGAUGAUGACGACGUCACUGUCACCGUGGACCGAGACCGCUUCAUGGAUGAGUUCUUCGAGCAGGUGGAGGAGAUCCGAGGCUUCAUUGACAAGAUCUCGGAGAACGUGGAGGAGGUGAAGCGCAAACACAGCGCCAUCUUGGCCUCCCCCAACCCUGACGAGAAGACAAAGGAGGAGCUGGAGGAACUCAUGUCUGACAUAAAGAAGACAGCAAACAAAGUCCGUUCCAAGUUAAAGAGCAUCGAGCAGAGCAUCGAGCAGGAGGAAGGCCUGAACCGCUCCUCCGCAGACCUGAGGAUCCGAAAGACACAGCACUCCACACUGUCCCGGAAGUUCGUGGAGGUGAUGUCCGAGUACAACGCCACGCAGUCUGACUACCGCGAGCGCUGCAAGGGCCGCAUCCAGAGGCAGCUGGAGAUCACUGGCCGGACCACGACCAGCGAGGAGCUGGAGGACAUGCUGGAGAGUGGGAACCCUGCCAUCUUUGCCUCCGGGAUCAUCAUGGACUCCAGCAUCUCGAAGCAGGCCCUGAGUGAGAUUGAGACACGCCACAGCGAGAUCAUCAAGCUGGAGAACAGCAUCCGGGAGCUGCACGACAUGUUCAUGGACAUGGCCAUGCUCGUGGAGAGCCAGUGGACUACGUGGAGAGGGCCGUGUCUGACACCAAGAAGGCCGUCAAGUACCAGAGCAAGGCGCGCCGGGUGAGUAGUCCCAGUCCCGCCGGAGCCCACAUCCUCACAUACCCAUAGAGCCCCCUGCCCCCAAGCAUCACAAAUCCCUCCCCAUUUUGCCUUCCCUCGCCCCUCAGCUCCGACCAGAGCCUCCGCCUGGCUCUCCCAGGCCUUCAUUGUUGUCGUUGUCUAGUUGCUAAGUCAUGUCCAACUCUCUGACCCCGUGGACUUGGAGCUCAGCAGGCUCCUCUGUCCAUGGGAUUUCCCAGGCAAAAAUACCAGAGUCCCAGACCUUCAGCACCCCAUUAGAACCCUACCCAGACAUGUUCCAGGCCAUCACUUUCUCUCUCAUCCAGUCCCCCAGACUCUCCAACUCUCAGCCCUGACCAGAGCCUGCUCCCCAGCAGCCCCCCACCCCUCAAAGCUCUGCCCAGAUGAGGCUUAGCCUCCCUCCCGGCCCCCCGCUUCCGCGCUCUCUGAGGCCUCUCUGUGCCUCCCUGUGCAGAAGAAGAUCAUGAUCGUCAUCUGCUGUGUGGUCCUGGGCAUUGUGAUUGCCUCCACCUUUGGGGGCAUCUUCGGAUAGAACCCACCCCGCCUGCCACUCCGCUCUGGAUGGUCCACCCCCAGGAGACCCCUGGCUGCUGUCCUGCCUCUGGCUCGGAGCUCUCUCCCCGCCACCCCAGACUGCUCCUUUCUCUGCCACAGGGCCCCCCACUCCCACCCCGCCCUGAGCCGUCGUGUGCAUGAUCUUUGUGACAGUGUGCGUCUGUACCGAAGAGGCAGAGGGGAGCCAGGCUGGGAAAGAGCCAGCUGGGUGGGGACGGGCAGCAAGGGACAGACUCAGGCCCAGGCCCCUCCCCUUCGAGGAGGGCUGCCCGGGGGUAGUUAGCCAUGCUCCUGUCCCCCAGCCUUCAGUAAUUCCACUCCUUCCUGGGGUCUGCCCUCUCUGGAUCAAGGCUCUCUCUGGACCCCAACCUUGCCUCCUCUGACCAGCCCACCUGCCCCAUCUUGCGUCUUCUCCAGCUGUCCCCCUGAAUGGGCACCCCCCUCUGAGGCCUGGGGGCCAGCUGGCCACAUGGUGCUGCUUUUUGGUUUAGGGGAGGGGUGGCCCUAAGAGACAGCCCAGCUCUAAGCCUCUAACAGCCAAUCACUGCCAGGGGCCGUGGCCAGGUGGCUUCUGGCCGUGUCAAGACCCGACUUCCUCCCCUGCCUGGGGCAGAGUCCCACCAGGUCUUUGGCUGCCUCAGCCUCCCUCCUUCCCUAGUUCCUCCAGCCCCCGGAGCAACCCCUUAGGGCUAUACCUGACCCCAGGGAACAUUCUGGAAGAGGCUGACCAGAGGCCUGGUCUCCUGCCCUUGGAGCUAGGGCGGCAGGGCAGGCCCUAGUCGGGCCUCUGCACUGGUGAAGCCCAUGCCCGGGCCAUCAGCUCUCCCCGGGUUGGGUCCUCAAGCCAUUGUGUGUUGCAUGUGUGGGACGGUGGUCCCGGCUCCCCUGUGCCCGAGAAGUCAGUGUCACUUCAGGCCUGCAUCUUGUCCCACCCUUGCUGCCCGCCCCCCAUCCCCACCGCGUGGGUGUUGGAUGUCUCCGAUGCAGUAUUCAGCCAGGGAGGGGGCACCUCCCUCCUUCCCACCAGCUCGGGACUUCUCAAGUCUGAACCGUGCUCCCUGCCCAGAAGCCCUCUUCCUUGUCGACAGGCAAGGAGUGUGCAUGCGUGCGCAUGCAGCGAGGGACGGGGCCAGGCCUGUGCCCCCACCCGCCCUCCGCUUUGCUCCUGCCCAGUGACUGACCACUGUCCGUGUUGCCUUCUGGAACAGCGACUCCCCACCCCACCCCCACCCCUUCACCAAAGGUCUUGGUACAACCAG